AUGUUGGCCAAGGCGACCACCCAUCCAUGCAGGCUUUCUAGGGGUUUUGAUGCGAGGGGUUUCAGGUCUGUGAUCAAAGAGGGCGUCCAAUUGGCAGGCGCCUCUAACUUGGCUGAUUACAUUCCUUUUAUAGCUUCCCUUGACCUCCAAGGGUUUACGAAGCGGAUGAAGUCUGUUAACAAGGCGUUUGAUGUGUUCUUUGAGAAGAUCAUUGAGGAACAUCUUCAAUCUAACGAUGGGGAAAGGACUAAAGACUUUGUUGAUGUCAUGGUGGGCUUCAUGGGAUCCGUAGAAUCUGAAUACCAAAUCGAACGCCCUCAUAUCAAAGCGAUAAUAACGGACAUGCUGGUGGCCUCCAUGGACACGUCAUCAACAACGGUCGACUGGGCACUGUCCGAGCUAAUGAGGCAUCCAAAAGCAAUGAAAGAAGUCCAAAAGGAGCUAGAAGAUGUUGUUGGAUUGGAGAGAAUGGUAGAGGAAUCAGACUUGGAGAAAUUGGACUACUUGAGCAUGGUGGUGAAGGAAACCCUGAGGCUACACCCAGUUGCGCCAUUGUUGGUUCCUCAUGCAGCCACUGAAGACUGCAUCGUCAAUGGCUACCACAUACCCAAAAAAACGCGCGUUAUCAUAAAUGCUUGGGCAAUCGGGAGAGACCCGAGUGCUUGGACCGAUGCAGAGGAGUUCAUACCAGAAAGAUUUGAGGGUAGCGACGUUGAUGUUAGAGGAAAUCACUUUCAGCUCAUCCCAUUUGGCUCUGGCCGAAGACGUUGCCCAGGAAUUCAGUUAGGGCUCACUGUGGUCCAGUUAAUGUUGGCACAACUUGUCCAUUGUUUUGAUUGGGAACUUCCAAAUAACAUGUUGCCAGAAGAAUUGGACAUGAGUGACUCGUUUGGCAUUACGGUGGAAAGGGUCAAACGUCUAAUUGCUAUUCCUUCUUAUCGACUUCACAAAUGAUCAUAAUAUGUCUACAAUGCCUCAUUUUGUACUUCUAAUAUUUUGUUGUGUCGUUUCUGU